AAAAAGAACCGGAAGUUGUACUGAACCUUCACCUCCGCUCGGCACUGAAGGAAACGCAAGCUCCGCGAGAGAGGUUCCGGCGCUGCUUGGGCUUGGAGGAGACAGAAUGGAGACCGCGAUCGAAGAUCCCGGGCUGGACCGCGGCCCGACGCUGACCUCGUCCUGGGAUGCGGCGUGCGGGGCGCUGACCCAAAGCCUCCUUCUUACCCGGAUUGGGCCAGGUGCCCAAGACUUGAACUUCGAGCCGCUGCUGGCCCCGCCAGCUCCGGGCCCUCCUGAUUUGGUGAGUCUGAAGAGCAGCUUGAGCCCCCGAGAUGAAAAUCCCUGCUUCCUUUACCUGAAGUGUGGACCUAAUGGGGGUGAAGAAAUCCUUUCUGUUGGCAUUCUGAGUUCAGCAAGAAACAUGGAAGUAUACUUAGGAGAGGAGUAUUGUGGAACCAGUCGGGGCAAGAAUGUCUGCACUGUCCUGGAUGACAGUGAACAUGAAAAGAUUCUGUUGUACAAAAAAUACCUAAAAUUGGAGUCUCCCACACAUGCUUGUAAAAUAAAGCUGCUGUCCUUCGGUGAAAAGCAGUGUGUGCUCAUCAGUAAAGUUGUGGUGCACGUGAGACCAAGGUCAGCCAGUCCUUCACCAAGUUCUUCUGCUCUAGGAUCACGGAUAGACCUCGACAGUAUCCAAACCAUAAUGGAGUCCAUGGGGUCAAAGUUAUCUCCUGGAGCUCAGCAGCUGAUGAACAUGAUUAGGUUUCAGCAGCAGAAAUGUCUUCCCAUUGGAGAUGAGCUUCAGUCGAUGUUGGGAACCACAGGAUACAAACAUCUGAUCGCACUGCAGUCUUCGCCUUCUUCAGGAGUCUUAGAUAAGGCGUCCUCUACACCGUUUCCUUUUAGAACUGGAUUGACACCUUCCGCCAUCUCUGAAAAUUUAAAGGCUCUUAUUGAUAAAAGCACACAGCCGCCUGGAGAAGGAAAUACCACAAACCACGAUGAGUGUCACCUUGUACCACAAAACCAUUCCCUUCUCGAAAGUGAUCUUAAAAACGCAGUGUCUUCUUUCUUACCGAAGAAGGCGAGUGGCAACUCAAACGCGCCCAACUCUGAGCUGCUGCCUUUCCUGCAGAAUUUAUGUAGUCAGGUGAACCAUCUCCGUGUGGGACAUAAUGCCAGGUGGCAAGAAAACGUCUCCAAGCCCCGAGAGAGCAUUGUUGGUGUUUCGAUGGAAGAACAGCCUAUUUGCUCCUACUUGGAAAAGAUUCUUUCUAAAAACAUGGAACUGAUGGAAAAGAAGCUUAUGGACCACAUUGAUGAGAGGAUCUACCAGCUCCAGGAGCACAUAGAUGCUAAAAUGGCUUUGUUAGUGGACUUGCUGCGAAAUCCCAACUCCCCACCCCCAGGGAUGCCUCUAAGACACUAUGACUCCAGGGAAAGACUUUCCAAUGGAGAGAGAUAAGCUAUCGACAUGCACAAUUAUUGCAGAUAUUUAUUACAUAUUUAUUACAAAGCCCAAAUCCAAAAAGGUUAUGGAAAUCAAGUCUUGAAUGUCCUUUGAAGGAUCGUUGUCUUACAUGGUGACCUCAGUGCUCAUUUUCAUGGCAUUUGCUACUGUGUAUCCAGGUCUGUGCACAACAGCCACCCUGAUGCAGUCCUAAGUUAUUUUGCUUGCCAUAGUUCAUUCUUACAGAAAUGUGUACGUGUAUUGCUCAAGUGUUUGGGAUGUGUAAGAACUUCUAAUGCAGUUCAUUAGUCUGUAUUGUAUAUUACAUAUGUUUGAAGUGAAUUUUUUAUUUAUACAGAUACCUACCUAUAAAAUAUAGUCUCAGGAGUAUGAAAAGUAAUGCUAUGAUUUUUUUUCUAAUUAUUUUUGGAAAGUUGGGUACCUGAACUCUUUCAUUCAGAUUCCCAGUUUACAUUUCCUGUUGUUUCUCGGAGAUGGAUAUGUGCAGAGCUCAGGCUGUCUGGGAUAGUUUACAGAGCGAGGGGUAGCGCUGUUGUUCAUUACAGCGCCGCUGUAGAUUGCUCAUUUUCAAUCCCACUAUUUCAGGGGUGGUGCUGCAGGGAAAAUGGAAGGAAAUUCUUUUCUGGAACUGACAGUUUCUUCUCCCAGAGGCCUUUUCUAGCAUGUAUGAUGUGUGACAUUCUUAGACUCUAAAACGAGGAUUAAGAUAGAUGAAUCUAGGGGUUUGUAAUCUUCAGCAGACUGAAUUUUCAGAACUAACUUACAUCCUUUUCGGUAAUACGGCUGUACCUAAAUGCACCUGCUCUUAAGAUCACCUGGAAGUGAAUAGAACUCUUUUUAGCUAAUUUGCUUAUAUUGUUUCUUUCUCUCUUCCUUCCUUCCUUCCUUCUUUUUCUUUUCUUUCUUCCUUUCUUUCCUUCUUUCUCUUUCUUUUCUUUUCUUUCUUCCUUUCGUCUUUCUUUUCUCUCUCCUCUUUUUGUAAGAACAGGGAUAUUUCCUACUUGUCCAUCAUUUUAGCAAACUGUUCUUUAAAAUGCCUGUUGGUUUUGAUCACGGCAGAGGUGACAUAGCACGUAGGUCACACCACACUUUUGCUGGUGUUUGGGCUAUGGUUGGCAGGAUAGUCAUACCAUGUGCAGAUGUAAGAUGCACUUCCUGAUCCGUGAGGAGUAAUCCACUCGCUUACGGCUCCAGUCCAUGGUUUUGCAGCUUUUGGUAGUUGUGGUUCUUACAGAAUACCAUCCAUGACUUAGUAGUGCCCUCAGCCCAUAAAUCAUUAGCUGGGGCUGCCCAGGUCAGCAAGAUGGGAUGAGACCCCUAAUUGAAGGCUUUGAAACCUUCUCCAUCUCAGUCUGACACACCUUUCCAGCCUCCUCUCCACUGCCAAAGCCUGCAUUUUCACCUCUGGUCCUUGUGACAUAGGCACUAAUCAGGGAGCAGGAAGGGCCCAUGGGAAGCAGUUAUAGAAAAGCAGGAAGUGUGAAAGAUGGAAAUACAUCCCAUAAACUAUGCGAUGUCUGUCAUAGCGUAACACGGACCCUGAAGAUUUACAGCGUCUCCAGGAAAUCCUGUGCUGGGGAUGAGAACGGCCUGAAGGCCACUAGAACAGAACCUGUCAGAAAAGACGGCUCACAGUUCCGAUGAGUUAUUUCACAGCUGGGCCUACACAUGCCUAUGUAUACUUGUUUCCUAGCUUUUGUUUCUUCUUCUCUGUAGAUUGUAACACUGCUAUAGGAAAAGACGGGAGAAAGGAACAUCUCCCCAUCCCCACGAUCCCCUGGUUCUGGUGAAAAGUAUAAACAAAACCAUUUCCCUUUUCUGUCUCUUGACUUUUUUAGUGGCUGGUAGCAGAACCUCCAGAUGCAGAUAACAGCUUGAUAUGGGAUCCAUAAACAUCAAAUUGGGCUUUGGGUUGGGAAAAAAACAAACAAACCAACCCUUUAAUUGUGGACAUCAUGCUUGGUCUUGUGCUGUGCACCCUGAUGUGACAAAGAAAAUAUUCCUAGUCAAAAUAGUUUAAAAUAUGACCACCAAGAAGAGCCUGUGCGCCAGGGCUCGGGAAGUCCUCCCUCCCGCUGUGUGUACUUUUGCUCUGUAAUAAAACUGUCCUCUCUU